CGGUUUCUGGGGAGAGGGACGCCAGGCUGCCCGGGGCUGCGAGAGGGCUCCCCGGGCUGCGGCGUGGGGCGCGAUCCUUGCGGAAUUUGGGCUUCACGGGGCGCUCCGGAAGCGGGGAAGAAUGGGGUCAGAAGAAGCUCCUGCAGCGGGGUCACGGGAAUAUUUGCUUUCAGAGACAACUCCCUCUUAAAACCUACUGUUCGCUUCUCGCCAGCCACCUGCUGGCUCUUUUAGUUUGGGGUGUUCAUCACCUUGCCAGGAGCCUUUCCUCUUUUAGGGUUUGGCGGUGCAGUGGAGGGUAGGGAGAGCCGGGCGAGGUCUGGGGGAGGGCAGGGGCUGAGGCGCGUUGGACGUGCUCCUGGAGGUCCGCUCCGAACCUGCGAAGGGGACAGGGGCGUGGUAGAACAAUGGCUCCUGCUUCUUUGCACUUUGAGCGAAUCAGCUUGGGGCCCUCCACUUGGACUGAGUCGGGGCGGAGCUGACCUGGAAGUCUCUCAUUGGCUACUGUCCUUUAUCAGGAAGUCACUUGCCUCCCAAAGUCCACCUGCACUGAGUUGGGGACUCUUCAUGAGCUGAGAGAAUGGCACUCUUCAGGCAGCUGUCCCUGGGUUCCAAGGCUGCCCUGGCUGCAGCCACUGUCUUCGUGUCCUUGAUCCUCUCCCGCUCCUUUCUGGCUAAGACCCUUGAGCUCCAGGCCUGGCGCUGGCUGUUCCGCCUGCAGCUGGUCCUGUUUGUCAACUCGCUCAUGCUCAUUGGUUCCUUGUACAUCUGGCGGAGCACAGUCAGCAGCCUCAGCCAUUCCCCCGCUGUGGAAUCUACCUGUUUCCGGCUCUGGAAGCUGGUUGUCGUGGCAUUUCUGGCCCUGGCACAUUCCAGUUUCUUCACCAUGCUCUUCUUGGUGGCCGAGGAACCCCAUGUGUUCUCCUUAGCAGCCUUCUCCUGCCUGGGUGCCUAUAUCCUCAUGCUUUUCUUCCUCUGUAUCUUGAAUGCCAUGGAGCAGGCCUACCAGUUCUUAGCCUGGCGCAGUGGUAGGGUGGCGGGCAGCGUCGACAAGACGAGGCACCUGGUGCUCAGGCCUGCCCUGGCCGUGGCGGUGACGGCUGUGCUCAGUACCGUUGGCCUUCUGAACGCUGCCCAGCCCCCAGUGGUGAAAACCGUGGAGGUGCCCAUCCAGCGGCUGCCCCCCUCUCUGAAUAACCUCAAGGUCGUGCUCCUGUCGGACAUUCACCUGGGGCCCACCGUGGGCAGGACCAAGAUGGAGAUGUUUGUGAGGAUGGUGAACACGCUGGCCCCAGACAUCACCGUGAUCGUGGGCGACCUCUCCGACUCCGAAGCCUCCGUCCUGCAGACGGCAGUCGCUCCUUUGGGGAGGCUCCAUUCCCGUCUCGGCACCUACUUCGUCACAGGCAAUCACGAGUACUACACAUCGGACGUCAGCAACUGGUUCGCACUGCUGGAAUCCUUGCACGUCCGGCCCCUGCAUAAUGAGAACGUGAAGAUUUCUGCCCCCGGGGACCCGGACGGUGUGGGUAGUGAUAAAGAAUGGGUCUGCCUGGCGGGUGUGGACGACAUAGAAGCAGACAUCCUUCACUACUCUGGGCACGGCAUGGACCUUGACAAGGCCCUGGAGGGCUGUGGCCCAGAUGAUGCCACCAUCUUACUGGCUCAUCAGCCUCUGGCUGCCAAGAGAGCCCUCCAGGCUCGGCCGGAUAUAAACUUGAUCCUUUCCGGGCACACGCAUGCAGGGCAGAUCUUUCCCUGGAAUGUCGGGGCCUAUCUCCUCAACCCUUUCUUUGCUGGACUCUACCAAGUAGGCCAGGCUACGUUUGUGUACGUCAGCCCGGGUACAGCCUACUACGGGAUCCCCAUGAGGCUGGGGAGCAGGGCGGAAAUCACAGAACUCAUCCUGUGGCGGGCUCCCUAGGCCUGCCCUGGUGACCCCACCCCGCCCCGCCCUGCCCUGCCCUGUCCUUGCCCAUCACUCUCGUCCAUCUCCUGCUCUGGCCGAGCCCUGCCAGCACCCUUUGGCUGCAGCCUGCUGGGAAUCAGUGAUUUGCAGCUGGGCUGCUUGGCAAGUUCAGGCCGGUUUAACUCUUCGGAGAAUCAAUUGCUUUUUGAUGAUAUACCUCUGGGUAUCAUCAGAUUCACAUUUGCUUUCCAGCUGCUGUAGAGAGGGGCCCUUUUGCAGAGGGUUGGGUGGCUGGAAAGGACAGGUCUUCUCAGAUACAGGGAGGGGCAGGAGCAUUGUCUCCUGUGGCUUUAACCCUGGUUAGGGCUUCUUUGGUGGGUUCUGGAAUCACUUGAUCUAGAGACAGUUGGUCUGGGCCUGGGCCUUGUUGAGAGGCCAAGCGAGAUGGGCGCCUCCCUCUGCCUUUUCUCCUUGGUUCAGUCAAGGUCACCUUUAUUAAGGACAUCCACAAAGCCCACCAUCGGGACAUGGGCCCUUCCGGUCAUGCUGAUUACCUGGCUGGACAGGGAUGGCUGGAGAAGAAAGCGUGGGCACUGUGGUAUGUGAUGACUGCCAUCUCUUAAGGAUCUUGGCAGCUCCGAAUCCCCGGUUCUGUGAAGUCUUUGGGUGAGGUAUUUAAGGACAGGCUGCUUCUAUGUUUGGGGGUUAAGAAAAGGACACUGGACGGGAUGAGGUGUGCUCGAAGGUACCGUGACAAAUACUUGUCUAGGAGGUUCCCAGCUUUGGGUUCCAACUGAGCAUGAGAAAACAAGAGUAUAUGUAAGGGAGAGAGAAAGAGAGGGUGAGAGACUGUCUUACCUGCUUGGGGACAUUCUACUCCAUCUACCUUGGCCUCUGGCCACAGAAGCAUAGGAUCGUUCAUAGGGAAGACAAAACAAUGCCUGCACGUUUCUUGGUUUAGUCUUUGCCAAGGGCGAGAGAGACUUUGCCCUUUGCAGGGCAGAAAACUGAGCACUGAGAUGUGUUCAGGACCAUCCGGGUAGCUUUGACUCUGAGAGUCCUCUGGAAGGACAUGCAGAUGCUCUCUCUUUGGAGAGGGACGUCCUGCUGCUGAUGAGAGAAGGUUGCUGUCCCCCUAGGUUCCCGGAGAUGGCUGUGAUUCUUACAUCUACCUCAAGGCUGCUUUGCUGGGAGAAAGCUGAGCCUGUAUCCCACACUCAGCAUGUCGUGUAACGUUAGUGUGCUAAUCAGUGCGUUGAAACCUGCAAAGGGACGCUGCCAGGCCCGGGAGCCUAGAGACUGACCUGGGGACCGUCGGCGGGUAGCAUGCUGCCCUGCCAACAGAGCCCAGGCAUCCACGUGACGCCAGCCAAGAGCCACCUUCCUGUUGCAUGCCUGAAUUUCCUAUGCACCUUCUGCUUCAUAGGUGGCGCUUCUUCAUCGUCUUGUCCUUCCUUUGCGGUGGCGUCCAGGGGUGCAGGAGAUUACACUCAUUCGUUGUCUCCCUGCCAGGUAGUAGCAGUUGGCCAAACAGCCCCGGAUAAAUAAUAAAUAAAAAGUAAUUUCAAAAUGCACGCCUGUACCUCCCAGCGCUCAGUAGGUAGACAUAGGAAAACUAGGAGUUCAAAGCUACUGGUGAGUUUGAGGCCAUCCUGGGCUACAUGAGACCCUGUCUUGGAAAGAAAAGAGAAAGAGAGAGAGAAAUAGCUUUGCCUUGAUGCUGUGGCGGUGCCGCUCCCUCCCACCCUGCACAAGGUUUCAGUGCCCUGGGAGAGAUUUUGUGAAGAGCUGUGAUUUGGUGGUGGGAUUUAGGAGAGGCCAAGGCCUCAGCACCUAGCUCUCUAAGACCCUUCUGGGCACCGUCCCCACCUGCCACCCCUCCAGCCUCUCAGGAGGCCACUUUCCGCAGUGUUCUCCCCCCUGGUGAUUUCACCCCUUUUGGGGUCACCACUGCCCUUUCUUAGCUUUGGAUUUCACCAGACAGUUGAUACCUUUUCACUCCAACCUCCCGGGGAGCUCUCCCGUCCAGCUUCUGUUAUUUUUACUAGUUCCUUGAUUGCUGGAUGCCGGGCCUGUGUCACCACAGCGGGCUCCUUCGUCCGCCACGAAGCUCUGCUUCACCAAAGGCUUUUCUGUUAGCAGGAAGGUGUUGGGUUGCCGCCCACGGGGAGAGAACUUGCCUUGCAAGUGUGAGGCCCGGGUUCAAUGUCAGGGCUGGGCAGUGAAGCGGCUCAGUGGCCGGCACUCACUCCUACCAGCUUCCGUCCCGGGAAACCACAGUGGAAGGAGAAUGCUGACUCCACAGUUAUCCUCUGACCUCCACAUACGUGCUGCCACGUGUGUGCCCACACUUAGACACAGGCCACAGAGUGCACACACAAUAAUAUAGAUAAAAUCAUUUUCUAAAGAGAUGAGCCUGCCUGCUCUCCUGAAAGUCUUUUAUUAUUCUUUUUUUUGCUUUUGGUUUUUUGGUUUUUCUUUUCCAGAAAGGGUUCCUCUGUGUAGCCUUGGCUGUCCUGGAUUCACUUUGUAGACCAGGCUGGGCCUCAAACUCACAGAAAUCCUCCUGCCUCUGCGUCCCUGAGUGCUGGGAAUACAGGCGUGCGCCACUGCUUCCGGCUAAUGUCUUGUAUUCUAAUAAAAAGGAAAUGGUGAUUCUGUGUUCCAUUAGCUUUCUCUCUCCUCCUGAGAGAGACUGUUUCUUCACGCCUUCCGGGCCAUCCAGCACAUUGGCACCUGGGUGUUCCUGAAAUUCCCUUCUUCCUCCCGUUUUGACGGGGUAUCCCUAAGGUCGGCCAGCUGCUCUGGGAUGCAAGCUCUUCUGCUCUCAAACCCCGAGCUCUUGGGGCCCCAGGUGUGUGCCACUGCGCGCAUCCCUGCAGUCAGCUUCGUUUCUGUGGCUCUGGUUGUAACCGUGCCCACCGUCCUUUCCGAAGUCAGUUGUUGGGGUGUAGCCAGAGGUUUGGCAGCUGGGUUGUCGCCAAAUAUCUGUUUUGCUUAUUCUUUGUGCAAUUUUUUUUUUCUGGUCCCAAUUUUAUUGAUCUCUGCUCUUUCUGUUGGUUGGUUUCGUUUGUUUUUGGGGGGACAGCGUCUCAGUAUGUAACCCUGGCUGGCCUGGAACUCACCAAGUAGACCAGGCUGGCCUAAAACUCUGAGAGAUCUGUCUACCUCUGCCUUCCCAGUUCUUUUUCUAAUUUCUUGAGGAAUUUUCUUUUUGUUUAAGUCAAAGUCUGAAAAGGUUCUACAUAGUGUGUGUGUUCUACGUCUCUUUUAAGUCUGUUAUAUUCCUCUUACACAUGCAUAAAAAAACAAAGAAAAAUAAUCGAGGACAUCUUUAUUUAUUUAUUUAUUUGUUUUUUUGGCUGUCCUGGACUCAUGGAGAUCCACCUGCCUCUGUCUCACUGAGUACUAGGACUAUAGGCCUGUGCCACCACGUCCAGCUUUAAUGUAUAUUUUAAAAUUAGUUUGUACAUGUGUGUUCCUCAUGUGUCUUCCUUGCGUGCGUGUAUGUGUGUGUGCACGUGUGUGUGUGUGUACAUGUGUAUAUAUAGUCCUAAUAUGGGGGUCAGGAGCUGGUUCUUCUCUCCCUGUGGGUCUCUGGGAUCAAAGUCAUAUAGUGCUGAUCGCUGCCAAGUGCCUUUAUUCAGCUUUUUCUUUUUAGAUUUAUUUUUAUUUUUAAUCUUGUAGGUCUGUGUGCCUUCAUGGGGGUGUGUACAGACGAGUGCAGAUGUCUGGCGAAGCCAAAGGCUUGGAGCUGGAUUACCUGAUGGGGGCCACUGAUCCAUCAAGCUUCCUCUUCUUCCUUCUCCAGCUUCCUUUUGUUUUGUUUUUUCCCUUUUAGAUUUUUUUGAGACAGGGUUUGUCUGAGAAACAGCGCUGGCUAUCCUGGAACUCUCUCUCUAGACCAACCAGGCUGGCCUUGAGUUCACAGAGCUCCGCCUAUCUCUGUGUAUCCCGAGUGCUGGGAUACUUUUUUUUUUUUUCUUUUUCCUGAAAUAAAGGGACAGGGUUAAGCUGAUCACUGGCCAGGAGUGCAGGAGGAUUAGGAAACAGACCUAAAGUGCUCAUCACUCUCUUCGUUCUCUGCUUUGCUAUCCUCUGCCUCUCCCGUGGCAGCGUCCGCUUUCUAGCCAGUCUUACAAGACACAUAGACAUGAGCAAGAUUAAUAAGCACGGGUGUGGGCUAGAGCAGGUAUCCACAAAUCUUCCCUAGGGGUAUUGAUUGCUUCCGUGGACCUCAGUUACUUUGCUUCGCAGGCCUAUGGAAGGGAGGUCCUGGCCACAGCAGCCACUGGGCAUCCUUCUGGUCAUCUGAAAUCACUCUUGGCUUUCGCUUUGCUGUGUGACCUUAAGGGACUACAGAGGCCUUAGGUGUGUGAAGGCCUCCCGCUUUCCCCUCCCCUCACCGCCAUAGCCCUGGUUUGCUAGUAGAACAGGCUGGGCUUCACCCUGGAGCUAAGGUGCCCCAGCCAGGAGCUCCACAGAGCCCUGCAGUCAAGUGACAGGUCUCAGUGAGUGUGAGUGGAGACCCGAUGGAUUGGAACCUCCAGUUUCCUCCCAAGAGACCUGGAGGCCAAGGUCCUGAUCACUUUGUUCAUAAUGACCCUUAACCUGUGAUGUCACCAAGCUGCUUUUACUCUUUGUUCAAGUCCAGGAACGUGCACAAGGGAUGCAGAUAUAUUUAUUUUUAGCACUGAGGACUAGAACUCUUGGGCAGAUGUUCAAGUGACCCAUUGAUGGCUGUACUGUGUUAUGGUUAAUGCUUUGUUUUAUUUUUUUAAGAUGCUUAUAACUGAAAAAAAAAAAAAAUCACACCAGUCAGUGUUAGACUCCUGAAGAGUACACUCAGUCUAAGGGUGUUUUUUGUGUGCACUGCCUUUUUUUUUUUUUUAAACCUCCAGUAUUUUAUGCGUUAUGUAUAUAGUGGGGGUGGGGACUACAGGGGCCUGAACCUCCCAUAGGGCUUUGCUUGAAAUUGCGUUUUGUUUUGUGUUCCUGUGGCUGUACACUUUGUAACCACUGAUGCUACCACAACCUGCAAGUGUGAAAUAAAGAUUUAUCUCUUCAGGA